AUGAGUGUACUCGAGGCGGAGCAUAUCUCUCUCAAAAGAUCUAUGCAAACGCUGUCCGCCGCUAGCUGUUUACUUUCACAGCUCCAUAUGUUUAGUAUCGAAAAUAAUCUGCAUUCAUAUGGAGGGGAAACUUUUGAUUUGCUUAUCUGCAAACUUACUGAGAAUAUCGACAAGUUAACUUACAGAGGCUGGUCUCUUUGGUGUAUGCACCUGGAGUUACUUGAACGCUGGAGGUAUUUAUCUAAAGGUCAAAGUUCUUUUGAAAAUCUGAAUUUUGAUGUGAACAAUCGGAUCGAUUAUUCGACUUCCAGUGUAUAUUCACUGUGUUGUUCAGAAUCAGGGUUUGCGAGUGAUGCUGACCAAUUCCUAACUUGUCAAGCAGCAGAUCAAUUAGAUUUAUCUAAUCCUAAUUUUGUUAUUUCUGAUUUAUUGACUACAAAGUCCAAAAAUAGAAAAUCCUUUUCUUCUGUAAAUGAUAAUAUUCUUUCUCAAUCCUCGGACUGUUUAUGGACUUCCAAUACAGAUUCAAAUGAUUCAGAGGCAAUCAGUGAUACACCUUCUGGUUUAUUCCAUGAAAUUUAUAAUCGUACACCAACUAAAUUGGUCAGUUCUUCUAUGGAGCCUAAUGGGAAGAGUGACGAUAAUGAUAAUGACAAGGCUAAUAAAUAUAAAUACUCUGCAAAACAGUCCAAAUGUCCGUUUGAUAUUCGUUUCGAACAAACAAAUUCCUUAGAAGAUUUUAACCGUGAUAACCUGAGCAUGCAUGUAGUAGAUCAUCAUGAUUUGGGUUCUCUUUAUUCACGUUUUCAUUCAAGUGAUUCUGGAUUGAAACGCAAAUGCUCUUCUGCAAAUCGAAUUCGGCUUACUUCUUGGAGUGGAGAAGAUAUAUUUAAGAUGCCCAUUGGUAUUUUUUCCUCAAAGGAUCAUCAACGUCUUCAAUUCAUAGCAACAUGUGGUUUUUCUCCCCCUGGCACUUUAACUAGUCCUAAACAAUACAGUUAUAGAAAGUUACGAAGAAAUUCAUUUUCGUCUUUGUUACCCCGUAUAGAUCACCAUUCAAAUCCAAAUACUGUUGAUCUACGUGAAACAGCAAAUUAUAAUUUGAAUGACACUACCUGCUCAGAGUUAUUACCAACUACCGAAUUCAAUAACAAUGGUAAUAAUAAUUCUGAACAUGUUGAAAUAUCAAAGAACUUUAAUCAUGUUCAUAAGGACCAUGGUCUGGUGUAUGGUAUCCAUGUUCAUUUCGAUGAAAAACUCCCUAACAUUCAUAGAGACGAUAAUAAUACUGAUGGACUGGAAUGGGAUGAUUUGGGUGAUUUACAAAUUGCAAAGUCUGAUUCCCCAUCACUGUUGCCAAGUAAUGAAUCAGCCGACACAUUGAAUGGAUCUAUUCUUCCCUGCUCGCCACUUACCCUUGCUGCUGAGGCAUUAGUUUCUCCUCGUUUUCAGUUAACUGAAUCCAACGUUCAGCAUCUCAGUCAAAUUGUUAACUCACAACAAAAAUCUCACGCAGAGGUCUCUUCACAUCCCUCACAUCAUUCAGAAAUUUCCAUACUAAUAAACAAUUUAUCUGUCAGUCAAAAUAAUUCUUAUUCUCCAGAAUCAGUGAAAUCCUGGGAACAAACUAUUGAGGUACAGAAGUGCGAUUCGUCUUGUGCUAAUAUUGAUUUUCUUGAAUUGCAUACACCUGCACAUCCUGAUACAAUAGUAAAUAAUAACGAAGCAUUUCGUUACAAUCGGGGCAACAAUAAUCAUACUAAAUUAGGAGCUGCUUCUGUCAUGGAUUUGCCCGAUAGUUCGUUGGUAAAGGAAGCUGACAUUCUCCCUCUUUUAACGUCAAUACGUCGGGACGCGUUUCCACUUAUUAAACUAUUAUUACGUUUAGAAGAAAAAUCUGUGACUGGACUUUUGGAUUCGGAUCUGCAAGUUAAUGAAAAUCCAUGCUCACAAAAAUUGGAGGACGAACGUCGACAACUGGAUAUUGAUAAAAGUUAUCUCACGCAUUAUGGUAAACGUCUUACUCAGUGGACUAAUACUAUGGAUAAGUUAUUGGAUUCUUUUCGACCUGAGGAAGCAGACUAUAAGACACAAUCACAAACUUCAUUAUCAAUCGCUUUAAAUACAUUUGGUGAUUGGUUAUUAGCUCUUAAGGCAAGACAUACUAUGGCUUUUGGGUUGUAA